CAGCGGGCGUUGUGACGAGUCGGGCGCGCAGCCAUGGCGGCGGCGGGGCCGGCGGCGCCUUCGGGGCCGGCGAGCCCGGCGGGUCCUGCGGCCAGAGACCUCUUCGCGGAAGGGUUGCUCGAGUUCCUGCGCCCGGCCGUGCGGCAGCUGGACGCGCACGUUCAUGCGGUCAGAGAGAGUCAAGUGGAACUGCGGGAACACAUUGACAGCUUGGCAACAGAGCUUUGCCGGAUCAACGAAGACCAGAAAAUUGCCCUCGACUUGGACCCUUACGUCAAGAAACUCCUCAAUGCCCGGCGCAGGGUUGUCCUUGUGAACAAUAUCCUGCAGAAUGCCCAGGAGCGCCUGAGAAGGCUCAACCACAGCGUUGGCAAAGAGACCGCCCGUAGGAAGGCCAUGCUCGAAGCAAGUGGCAACUACCCCCAGGGCUCCCCUAGCAAGUGAGGAGCAUACCCAAGGGAAAUGGCGAGAACGAGGCAGUUCCCGAGGCUGCAGCAAUCUUACAUGCUGGUCUGUUGCUGGUUUGUGACCACGACAUGGAGGAGAUGACGUUGGAUUUCCAGCAUCAUACAGUACAAGGACACUGCCCAGAUGAUAGAACUGCUGCAUGUGGAAUCCUUUUCCUCUUGUGAAUGAAGGAACAGGGUGGCUGGAGGCAUCUUUGGUGGGACAGGUUUCUGAAAAUGCUUUGGAGUAAUCUCAGCAUGGAGUUGGGUCAAGGAAUCUGCUUAUCGCUCUGUAAUAGUGCUUCCUACUGGUGCAAUAAAGCUUACUAAUAGUCAA